GGCUGCAGUCUACAUGCUCCACUGCUUCACCAGCAGGAAGUCAGAGGAGAUCAAGACGUUCCUGGGAGACGAAUACAGAGAAACAUCUCUAGAUGAGUUCAUGAAGGAAGUCAUGGAGAAAUCCCUCAGCAGUCAAAAUGGCCACCUGGACCUGUUUGUCCGCUUCCUUCAUGGUCUCACUGUGGAGUCCAACCAGAGAGUCUUAGAAGAUCUGCUGGGUCAGACAGAGACCAGUCCAGAAACCAUCCAGAGAAUCAUCACCAACCUGAAGAAGAUGAACACUGAUAGAAUCUCUCCUGACAGAAGCAUCAACAUCUUCUACUGUCUGGUGGAGAUGAACGACGUCUCAUUUUAUCAGGAGAUCCAACAGCUGCUGGAUUCAGGGCAGUAUCUCUCAGUGACUGACUGUUCAGCUCUGGCCUUCAUGCUGCAGAUGUCAAAGGUUCUGGAUGAGUUGGACCUGGAGAAGUACAACACAUCAGAAUCAGGACGACGGAGACUGGUUCCAGCUGUGAGGAACUGCAGAAAGGCUCGACUUGGUGACUGUUCGCUCCAAAAGGCUGAAUGUGAAGUUUUGGCCUCGACUCUGAAGUCCAAACCCAGAUCUGAUGAACUGGAAAUAAAUCAGAUAUCAACAUAG